AUGGCUGUAUUGGUGGCAAUAAUCGGCUCAAUCGAUGCCAUAGUCUGUCCGCCAAACUAUUGUCAAAAGAUUUCGUGCGCUAACAGUAUGUCAAGGGAUGCGUGUAAAGACAAAAACGGCAUUUUCAAUGAGCAUGCUGAGGGUCAAAGUUGUGGCAUAACUCUGUUGAAAGGGGUUCCACCCAAAGCCCAAUGCGCUCCCGGUCUCCGAUGCAAUACAACAUCCCUUACUUGCGUUGAAAUAAAUAUGUAA